UAUGGACACUCAGAAGUACUGAGAACAUUUCAACUCUAGUGAAGUUUGUGUGGACGUCGUCAGCUGCUCUUCCUCUCAGCAACACAGUGGCGGCCACAAACUAACACAAAGCCGGCUCUCUUGGAUUUCACUAUGGAGGCACACCGGGCGUUCCUGUGUGUUCUGCCCGUGUUUGUGGCGCUGCUCUCGGAGAGGUUCCAGGCGCUUGCUGCCUUCUCCCAGUCCCUGGACAGCGACUUCACGUUCACUCUGCCUCCCGGUCAGAAGGAGUGUUUCUACCAGACCAUGAGGAAAGAUGCCUCCCUGGAGAUUGAAUAUCAGGUAUUAGAUGGUGCCGGUCUCGAUGUCGAUUUUGAUAUCUCGUCUCCCUCUGGCCAAGUGCUGUAUAGUGAUUACCGCAAAUCGGAUGGAGUACACACUGUUGAAACUGAGGAUGGAGACUACAUGUUCUGCUUUGACAACACAUUCAGCUCCGUCUCUGAGAAGAUUAUCUUCUUUGAGUUGAUCCUGGACAAUAUGGAUGCAGACAAAGAUCCAGAUGAAUGGAAGGAGUAUGUUCAGGGAACAGACACGCUGGACAUGAGGCUGGAGGACAUUAUGGAGAGCAUCAACAGUGUCAAGGCUCGACUUGGCAAAAGUGUACAGAUCCAGACGGUGCUGCGGGCAUUCGAGGCUCGGGACAGAAACAUCCAGGAGAGCAACUAUGACAGGGUGAACAUUUGGUCGGUGAUAAAUCUCCUUGUCAUGAUGAUGGUGUCGGCGGUUCAGGUCUACCUGGUUCGCUCGCUCUUUGAAGAUAAAAGGAAAGUUCGUACAUAACACCUCUCCCAAUGGAGGGACAGACAGAGAGAGAGGGAAACUAACGCCCACAGAUAUCUUCAAUAUUUUUUUUUGCAGCUGAUCCCCCAGGCUUGUGACUCCUAACACAAGAUAUUUUUAAUACACAUGUCCAUGCAUACACACAGACAUACUGAUAUUCUUGAUAAGAAAAUGUGAGAGGACGGCAGGAGCCCCUGUUUUCGAGCAGAAUCUUGUAAUCUCAGUGUCUUUACUAGAUGAAUCUCCUUGUCUCUCUCUUUUUAUUAUUGUUGUUUGGUGGUCAUUUAUAGUCCUUCCUUGUUCUGGUAAGUCUUCAAAGGAAGUGACACCACUGUCAUGAUCAUGAUGAGACUCUUUUUCUAAAGGAGACUAAAAUGACAAAGAGCUAAUGGCACAAAUGUCUUCCUUUUUUUUCUUAUGAGGUUUUUAUUUGGGUGUUGAGUUAAAUUAUAUGAAGAGGGCAUGGUGUCUGAAGUAUUACAUUUUUUAUUUUAUCUUCCCAUACUUUAGCUUCUCCUUAAAAUGUACCUGUAUGUCACUGAGAUGCCUUAGAGGUUUGUAUAUAGCUGCCUGUUGUCAGUCUGUGAGGCCUUUGAAUAUAUUUCCCAUUGUUACAAACAUUUAUGUUGUUAACAGAAGUUAAGUCACACUUUCUUCUUUUAUUACAAUACUGAAACGCCAGGUUUUCAGAUGGGGAAACUUUGCUGCUCUCUGGCACCCAAGGGACAAGGGAGUAAGAGGAACACAACUGAGCCAAAAUCUCUGCCCUACCCUGGGACUGCUCUGACUUGUAGCCUAGUGGCCUAAAUGGCUGCCAACUCCACGACCCUCUGCUGUGACAUGGCAGGUAUCUGAUUACAGCUGCCUACUGUGUGAAGACGUUCAGUCUGCCUUGUUGUUCUGGUGACAGAGGUCUAUUUCUAUCUUAGCGACACCUGGAAGGUCAUUACCACUGCUACAUGGAUGCACUGUUCAGUUUGAUAUACACAAACAAUUCACUGCUUUGGCCACACUCGUGCUCUUUUAAAAUGCUUGUGUCUUUAAUCUGAUACUCACAUUUUAUUAGCCAAAGUAGCAAUUAAACAUUAUGAGUCCUGGAUUAUUAUUGAAUUAUUGGGGCCCCACGGAAAUGGGUGUGUAACUUUCCCUGAUGUGUCUUUGGAGGAGCACUUUUGAGGCGUUUUUCUCCCAUUGGUCGUCUGUAUACUAUUCGAAAACUCUGGUAACUUGUGAAUGUGUUUGCCAAGAGUAUUUCUGUCAUUGGUAUUUACUGAUCUUCACAGUUGAAACAUGGUUAGAAGCUCCAUGCUGCCAUCAUUUCUAUUUUCCCCAGCUCUGCUGUUGGGCAGAGAUCAUACAUGGAGUCAUUGUUUAAUAGCCAUAUGGUGAAAGUGCUUUAAAAAUAUACUUAUUUUUGUUUUCAAAAUGUUGUUGCCAAACAGUCUGGCUAUAUCAAACAGAGUAUUUAGCAUACAGGAUGUGUGGUUGUAAGAAAUGUUCAUCCUCUGUUUGCUGCUUUUUACCAUCCUUUUUUCCUCUGCCAGCCAAUCUUAACGAUGAUUUUCUAGUGCUUCAUUUAACUAGUGUAUUUUGAGAUUAAGUGAUGGAGAUUAUAGUAGAAACCAGUUUCUGUUACACUCUUAAGUACUUCAGAGUUCUACAAAAAUGAAAUACACAAUAUAUUUCUAUGUUACUGAGAAGGAGUAUGUUGAAUUGUCUUAUUCAACAGCCCCAUUGUUUUUGAAAAAAAUAUUUGUACUACCCUGAUGGAACAGUGGGGAGAAGUGAAUGUGAUCUACUGUGGUAUUUAUUCCACUAAUGCUCUGUAGUUUUAAAUGUGUGUGUAAAUUAAUAAAAACAAUCAUAAUUUUUUUUGA